AGAUUCCCCAAGGAAACGAACUGACGGCGGAGGAGAAAGCAAGGGGAGAGAGAGAGAGGUAGGUGAGGCUUCGGUUUCUCCGCCUCUGCUUCUUUCUUCUUCUCCGUCUCCCCACUGGUUUUCUCCUUCUCGCUUUCUGGGCCUUUCCGCAGAGCGUUUUCGUUCUCUGUGUUCCUCGCGGUUCUCUUGAUCUGGGUUUUGCCAAUUCGACUUUUUCAUUUGGACUCUCGAAUCGAUCAAUCCUGUUGAAAUGGCGUCGGUCUCGUGUUCCACGGCUAGCUCCGGCGGCGGCGGUUGUGGAUUCCGGUCCCAAUUGAAGACUUCAGCUUUACCCGCAUCACAUUCCGUCAAUUUAGUUAGAAUUCGGAAACUUUCCGAGACUGAUAGAUUCUGCGUGCCUCGUCUGGCAUUGGUCCAUGGAGGCAGAAAUGUGAAAAGGACAAGCAUCUGUAUGACAUUGGUAGACGAGAGGCAGGCACCGACCAGAGAUGUCUCUGACCCUCCUCAGAUUCUGGCAUAUGAUCUUGUUCAAGGCCCACUUGUCAAAUGGAGAUGGAUGCAGGACAAGUCUGCACCCGAUACACCAACCGCCGUUCUUCUACACGGCAUUUUGGGUAGCAGGAAAAACUGGGGCACUUUUGCCCGAAGAUUGGCUCAAGAAUUCCCGUCGUGGCAGUUUCUCUUGGUUGAUCUUCGCUGCCAUGGAGAUUCGGCAUCUAUCAAGAAGAAAGCUCCAAACUCUGUUGCUACAACUGCUUCUGAUGUUCUUAGACUUGUUGGACAGUUAAGGUUAACGCCUCGGGUCCUUGUCGGUCACAGCUUUGGAGGGAAAGUUGUAUUAAGCAUGGUGGAACAGGCAGCUAAGCCUCUUGCACGUCCUGUCCGAGCUUGGGUUUUGGAUGCUACUCCCGGAAAAGUGCGGGCAGGAGGAGAUGGAGAGGACCAUCCACGAGAGCUAAUAUCAUUUCUACGUACAUUGCCAAAAGUAGUCUCGUCAAAGCGCGAGGUUGCCAACGCUCUUCUUGGAGAAGGGUUUUCCAACGACGUUGCGCAGUGGGUCGUAACCAAUCUCCGGUCGAAUGGACCGUCGUCUUCAAGCUACUCGUGGGUAUUUAACCUCGACGGGAUUGCUGAACUGUAUCAAUCCUACGAGGACACGAAUCUAUGGGACUUUGUCGAGAAUUUGCCCCGUGGAGUGCAUUUAAACUUUCUGAAAGCGGAGAGAAGCUUGCACCGGUGGGCACUGGAAGACAUUCGACGGAUACAUGCCGCGGAAGAGCUGGCUACCGAGGAAGGUGGUGGCGUAGAAAUGCAUGUCCUGGAAGAUGCUGGUCACUGGGUACACACGGAUAAUCCUGAUGGGCUGUUCAGAAUCUUGUCGUCUUCUUUCCAGGGACUCAGCCUCAGGGCCUAAGCGAUUUUGCUUCGUACAUCUGUUGAGUGGUUUAGGUGAGAAACUGUCGUGUGUUCUGACAAAGACAAGAGACCCGAUUUGUUUGCGGUGUCCGUAUAGUAGUAGCUUGUGAUAUUAUCGUAUACAUAGUUGUAUGUUCAGAUCUUAAAGACAUGAGCCAUCAAAGUCUCAUAGUGGUAUGUUAAUCUUUUACUUAUCAAGAUGAACAAACACGGUGUCCAAUGUCAAUUUUCUUA